UGUAUAAGGUGGAAGUGUGGUUAAAUCAUCUUCUGCAGAGCAUGCGCUCCACUCUUCGUCACGAGCUGACCGAGUCAGUGAGCACCUACGAGGAGAAGCCCAGAGAGCAAUGGUUGUUUGAUUACCCAGCUCAGGUGGCACUUACUUGCACUCAGAUCUGGUGGACCUCCGAUGUGGGAAUGGCGUUCGGCCGUCUGGAAGAAGGCAACGACAGCGCUCUCAAGGACUAUUACAAGAAACAGGUGUCUCAGCUCAACACCCUCAUUUCCAUGCUGAUUGGCCAGCUUUCGCCCGGAGAUCGGCAGAAGGUCACGACCAUCUGCACUAUCGACGUCCACGCCAGAGAUGUGGUUGCCAAGAUGAUUGCACACAAGGUGGAGAAUUCUCAAGCAUUUGUGUGGCUUUCCCAGCUGAGACACCGUUGGGAUGAGAAGGAGCGCCAUUGUUUUGCAAAUAUCUGCGAUGCCCAGUUCCGCUACUCUUACGAGUAUCUCGGCAACACGCCGCGACUCGUCAUCACGCCUCUAACAGACAGGUGUUACAUCACCCUGACUCAGUCCCUGCACCUGAGCAUGAGCGGAGCUCCGGCAGGACCUGCAGGAACAGGCAAGACGGAGACGACCAAAGACUUGGGCCGAGCCCUGGGCAUCAUGGUCUAUGUGUUUAACUGCUCUGAGCAGAUGGACUACAAGUCUUGUGGAAACAUCUACAAAGGUUUGGCUCAGACAGGCACAUGGGGCUGCUUUGAUGAAUUCAACAGGAUCUCAGUGGAGGUGCUGUCUGUGGUGGCUGUCCAGGUCAAAAGUAUUCAAGAUGCCGUUCGAGAUAAGAAAGAGAUGUUUCAUUUCAUGGGCGAAGACAUAACCCUUUGCCCAAGUGUGGGCAUCUUCAUCACGAUGAAUCCUGGUUAUGCUGGUAGGACAGAGCUUCCUGAGAACCUAAAAGCUCUUUUCAGACCAUGUGCCAUGGUGGUGCCAGACUUUGAGCUCAUCUGUGAAAUCAUGUUGGUGGCUGAGGGAUUCAUGGCUGCACGGGUUCUCGCUAGGAAGUUUAUCACGCUCUACACAUUGUGCAAAGAACUUCUUUCCAAGCAGGACCAUUACGAUUGGGGCCUCCGUGCCAUCAAGUCCGUCCUGGUGGUUGCCGGUUCUCUAAAGAGAGGCGAUCCCAGUCGGGCUGAGGACCAAGUACUGAUGAGAGCCUUGAGAGAUUUCAACAUUCCCAAAAUUGUGACGGAUGACACGCCAGUGUUCAUGGGGUUGAUCGGUGACCUGUUUCCUGCUCUGGAUGUACCCAGGAAAAGAGACUUGGACUUUGAGAAGCAGGUCAAGAAAUCUAUUCUCGACAUGAAGUUACAGCCCGAGGAGAAUUUUCUACUCAAGGUGGUGCAGCUAGAAGAGCUUUUGACGGUGCGACACUCGGUAUUUGUGAUUGGGAAUGCCGGUACUGGAAAGAGCCAGGUGCUGAGGUCACUCCAAAAAACCUACCAGAAUACAAAACGUCGACCCAUCUGGGUGGAUCUCAACCCGAAAGCUGUGACCAAUGAUGAACUUUUUGGCAUCAUCAACCCAUCCACCAGAGAAUGGAAAGACGGUCUGUUUUCUAAUAUAAUGCGUGAACUCUCCAAUAUCAGUCACAAUGGGCCUAAAUGGAUCGUUUUGGAUGGAGAUAUUGACCCAAUGUGGAUUGAGUCGCUCAACACAGUCAUGGAUGAUAACAAGGUUCUGACCUUGGCCAGUAAUGAACGGAUCCCUCUGAACUCAACCAUGAGACUGCUAUUUGAGAUCAGCCACCUUCAGACUGCUACCCCAGCGACUGUAUCCAGAGCAGGAAUCCUGUACAUAAACCCAGCAGACCUCGGAUGGAACCCUUUGGUGUCAAGCUGGAUUGAUGGGCGGGAGGUGCAAUCAGAGAAGGCUAACCUGACCAUUUUGUUUGACAAGUAUCUCCCCUCCUGCCUGGAUGUCUUAAGAAUAAGGUUUAAAAAGAUCAUCCCUAUCCCCGACCAGAGUAUGGUCCAGAUGCUUUGCUAUUUGCUCGAGUGCCUACUAAGACCAGAAAAUGCCCCGGCGGAGUCCGCAAAGGAACUUUAUGAGCUUUAUUUUGUUUUUGCUGCUGUCUGGGCAUUUGGGGGAGCUUUGUUUCAAGACCAGCUGCUUGACUACAGAGUGGAGUUCAGCAAGUGGUGGGUGGCAGAGUUCAAAAGCAUCAAGUUUCCAUCCCAAGGCACGGUGUUUGAUUACUACAUUGACCCGGAGAGCAAGAAGUUUGAACCCUGGUCCAAAAUGGUGCCCGUGUUUGAGAUGGAUGCUGACACUCCACUUCAGGCUUGCUUAGUUCACACAGCAGAGAGCAUUCGAGUCCGUUUCUUCAUCGAUUGUCUGCUGGAGCACCGCCGGCCUAUCAUGCUUGUCGGGAAUGCCGGCACCGGCAAGUCUCUGCUGGUCGCCGACAAACUGACGUCACUGGAUCCUGACAAAUAUGCGGUUGCAAAUGUCCCUUUUAAUUAUUACACCACAUCUGCAAUGCUGCAAGCUGUGUUGGAAAAGCCCCUUGAGAAAAAGGCAGGACGCAACUACGGACCUCCCGGCAGCAGAAGGCUGAUCUACUUUAUCGAUGACUUGAAUAUGCCUGAGGUGGAUGCGUACGGCACAGUUCAACCUCACACACUAAUACGUCAACAUAUGGACUACAACCACUGGUAUGACCGUAAUAAACUCCUUUUGAAGGAAAUACAACGUGUUCAGUAUGUGUCCUGUAUGAACCCCACGGCUGGAAGCUUUACCAUCAAUCCAAGGCUGCAGCGCCACUUUUCAGUCAUCGCCCUAUCUUUCCCCGGAGCUGACGCCCUCGCGACCAUAUACACUUCAAUUUUAUCGCGGCACCUGCAGAAUGACGCUUUCCCCGCCGCCGUCCGGAAGAACUGCCCCGCCCUGGUCCAGUUAUCGCUGGCUCUGCAUCUGAGCGUUGCCUCCACUUUUCUCCCCACUGCAGUCAAGUUCCACUACAUUUUCAACCUGCGAGACCUCUCCAAUAUCUACCAGGGCGUUCUCUUCAGUACUUCUGAGUGUCUGAAAAGCCCUGUGGACCUGCUGAAAAUCUACCUGCACGAGUCCAAUCGUGUCUACAAAGACAAGCUUGUUGAGGAGCAGGACUUCCAGGUCUUUGAUAAGCUGCAGGCAGACAUGGUGAAAAAGUUUUUUGAGGACAUGCAGGAGAGUCUGGAAAAGACCCGGAAGAUCAACCUGUACUGCCACUUUGCCCACGGCCUUGGGGAAGCCAAGUACAUGCCCGUGGAAUCCUGGAGCAGCCUCAGUAAAAACCUGCUGGAAGCACUGGACAGCUACAAUGAGGUCAACGCCACGCUCAACUUGGUGCUGUUUGAGGAUGCCAUGGCUCACAUCUGCCGUAUAAAUCGAAUCCUGGAGUCUCCACGGGGUAACGCACUGCUAGUCGGAGUAGGCGGAAGUGGCAAGCAGAGUCUGACCCGACUGGCUGCGUUUAUCUCCAAUCUGGAGGUUUUCCAAAUCACCUUGAGGAAGGGUUACGCUAUCGCCGACCUCAAAAGUGACCUGGCAUCGCUCUACAUCAAAGCUGGCGUGAAGAAUAUUGGCAGCGUUUUCUUAAUGACUGAUGCCCAAGUGGCAGACGAGAAGUUCCUCGUUCUGGUCAACGAUCUGUUGGCAUCGGGAGAGAUCCCGGACUUGUUCCCAGACGAUGAGAUGGAGAACAUCAUUGGCGGUGUGAGGCCGGAGGUACGCAGCUCCGGAUUGAUGGAUACAAGAGAAAACUGCUGGAAGUUCUUCAUCGACCGGGUUCGCAGGCAGCUCAAGGUGGCGCUGUGUUUCUCCCCGGUUGGCAGUAAACUGAGGAUUCGGAGCAGGAAGUUCCCCGCCGUGGUCAACUGUACAGCUAUCGACUGGUUCCACCAAUGGCCACGGGAGGCGUUGGAGUCUGUCAGCCUCAGGUUCCUACAGGAAGUGGACAAUAUUGAUCCUCAAGUGAAGGAUUCCGUCAGUAAAUUCAUGGCGUAUGUCCACGUGAGCGUUAAUCACACCUCAAAGGAGUACCUGGCCAACGAGCGUCGCUACAACUACACCACACCGAAAUCUUUCCUCGAACAGAUCGAACUGUAUCGAAGUCUGCUGGGCCAGAGGAGUAAAGACCUAAGGGGCAAAAUGGAGCGGCUGGAGAAUGGCCUGCAGAGACUCAACAGCACCUCUGCUCAGGUUGAUGACCUCAAGGCCAAGCUGGCAGCUCAAGAAGUAGAGCUCAAGCAGAAGAACGAGGAUGCUGACAAGCUGAUCCAGGUGGUUGGAGUGGAAACGGAGAAAGUGUCCAAGGAGAAAGCGGUGGCUGACGAUGAAGAGCAAAAAGUGGCGGCCAUGGCUGUAUUGGUCCGUGGCAAACAAAAAGACUGUGAAGAGGAUUUGGCCAAGGCUGAACCAGCUCUCGUGGCUGCACAGGAUGCACUCAACACUCUCAACAAAAACAACCUGACAGAGUUAAAGUCAUUUGGCUCUCCGGUGGCAGCAGUUACCAAUGUCACAGCGGCCGUCAUGGUUUUAAUGUCGCCCGGCGGCAAAGUCCCAAAGGAUCGGAGUUGGAAGGCCGCUAAGGUGAUGAUGGCCAAAGUGGAUGCAUUCCUGGAUUCUCUCGUACGUUUCAAAAAGGAAAGCAUCCCGGAGACUUGUCUGAAUGCGAUUCAGCCUUAUUUGCAGGAUCCAGAGUUCCAGCCAGAACUGAUUGCCUCCAAGUCAAACGCAGCAGCAGGCCUUUGCUCCUGGGUUUUGAACAUCGUCAAAUUCUACAAAGUAUACUGCGAAGUAGAGCCCAAGCGACAGGCUUUGAGUAAAGCCAACGCCGAACUAGCUGCUGCGCAAGGGAAGCUCGCCACCGUCAAAAACAAGAUCAAUCACCUUAAUGAGAACCUGGCCAAGCUUACGGCCAAGUUUGAGAAAGCAACCGCAGCCAAACUCAAGUGCCAACAGGAAGCAGAAUCCACUGCCCACACUAUUUCCUUGGCAAACCGCCUGGUGGGAGGGCUGGCGUCGGAGAACGUUCGCUGGGCGGACGCCAUUGAAAGUUUCCGAAAGCAGGAAAGAACUCUGUGUGGGGAUGUCCUCCUCGUCACCGCUUUCAUCUCCUACCUGGGCUAUUUCACCAAAGGCUACAGGUUACAACUUAUGGCUGAAACCUGGAGGCCUUACCUUAGUCAGCUGACGGUUCCCAUCCCAGUAACACCUGGAUUGGACCCGUUAACCAUGCUCACGGACGAUGCCGACAUUGCCACGUGGCAGAAUGAAGGACUACCUGCAGACCGGAUGUCCACUGAGAAUGCCACCAUUCUUACGUCCUGUCAGCGCUGGCCCCUCAUGGUGGACCCUCAGCUGCAGGGAAUCAAGUGGAUUAAAACCAAAUACGGUGAACGUUUGCAUGUCAUCCGCAUGGGACAGAGAGGGUACUUGGAUGUCUUAGAGAGAGCGCUGGCACAGGGCGAAGUUGUCCUGAUGGAAAAUUUGGAAGAAAACUUGGAUCCUGUUCUUGGAGCGCUACUGGGGAGAGAAACCAUUAAGAAGGGCAGGUAUAUAAAGAUCGGCGACAGGGAGUGCGAGUACAACCCGAGCUUCCGCCUCAUUCUGCACACCAAACUCGCCAGCCCUCAUUAUCAGCCCGAGCUGCAAGCUCAGUGCACUUUGAUCAAUUUCACAGUGACAAGAGAUGGCUUGGAGGACCAGCUGUUGGCAGCUGUGGUUAGCAUGGAGAGACCUGAUCUGGAGGAGCUGAAGUCCAACCUGACAAAAGAGCAAAAUGGUUUCAAGAUCACGCUGAAGACACUGGAGGAUAACCUGCUCUCUCGCUUGUCCUCAGCUUCAGGGAAUUUCCUGGGUGACACUGAGCUUGUGGAAAACCUGGAGACAACAAAACGCACUGCUGCAGAUAUUGUGGAAAAAGUAAAAGAAUCUAAGGUGACGGAAGCCAAAAUCGAUGAGGCUCGGGAGCACUACAGACCUGCAGCGGCACGGGCUUCGUUACUAUACUUCAUAAUGAACGACCUCAAUAAAAUCCACCCCAUGUACCAGUUCUCUCUCAAGGCAUUCAGCGUGGUCUUUCAGAAGGCAGUUGUGAAGGCUGAACCCGACGAUGAUCUAAAGCAGCGGGUGUCCAACUUAAUUGACAGCAUCACGUCUUCAGUCUUCCAGUACACUACCCGAGGCUUGUUUGAGUGUGACAAACUCACGUACAUUGCUCAGCUGGCCUUCCAGAUUCUAGUCAUGAAGAAAGAAAUCAAGCCUGCCGAGUUGGAUUUCCUUCUCAAAUACCCUGUCCAACCUGGGGAAACAUCACCAGUGGACUUUCUUUCCAAUCACUCUUGGGGAGGAAUCAAGUCGCUGUGUCUAAUGGACGAGUUCAGGAAUCUCGACCGAGACAUCGAAGGCUCGGCCAAACGCUGGAAGAAGUUUGUCGAGUCCGAGUGUCCAGAAAAGGAGAAAUUCCCACAAGAGUGGAAGAAUAAAAGUUCUCUCCAGAGACUGUGCAUAAUGAGGGCACUGAGGCCUGACCGCAUGACCUAUGCUGUAAGAGACUUUGUGGAGGAGAAACUCGGGGGCAAAUAUGUGAUUGGCAGAUCUCUGGACUUUGCAGUGUCCUUUGAAGAGACAGGUCCGACAACGCCCAUGUUCUUCAUCCUCUCUCCCGGAGUCGAUCCUUUGAAGGAUGUGGAGAAACACGGAAAGAAGCUUGGUUUUACGUUUGACAACAAAAACUUCCAUAAUGUAUCUCUUGGUCAAGGCCAGGAGGCCAUGGCUGAACAAGUUCUUCAUUUGGCUGCUAAAAAUGGCCAUUGGGUCAUAUUACAGAAUAUCCAUUUGGUGGCUCGCUGGCUGGGUACUCUGGAAAAGCUUCUAGAGCAGCAAGCUGAGGGGAGCCAUGAGAACUUGAGGGUUUUUGUCAGUGCUGAGCCUUCUUCCAGCCCUGAGGGCCACAUCAUUCCACAAGGCAUCCUGGAGAACUCCAUCAAGAUAACCAACGAGCCACCAACGGGCAUGCGUGCAAACUUGCAUAAGGCUCUGGACAACUUCAAUCAGGACACGCUGGAAAUGUGCGCACGGGAGAAUGAGUUCAAAAGUAUUCUCUUUGCACUCUGCUACUUCCAUGCUGUAGUUGCAGAGAGGAGGAAGUUUGGUCCUCAAGGCUGGAACAGAUCCUAUCCUUUUAACACAGGAGACCUCACAAUCUCAAUUAAUGUCCUUUUCAACUACCUGGAGGCUAAUCCCAAGGUGCCCUAUGAUGAUUUACGCUACCUCUUUGGAGAGAUCAUGUAUGGAGGUCACAUCACAGAUGAUUGGGACCGCCAUCUAUGCGGGACCUACCUCGAGGAGUUUAUUCAGCCUCAGAUGAUGGAAGGAGAGUUCUUUUUAGCACCGGGUUUCCCUUUGCCUGGAAACAUGGACUACAACAGCUAUCACCAGUAUAUUGACGAGACCCUACCAGCCGAGUCGCCCUAUCUGUACGGGCUUCACCCCAACGCCGAGAUUGGCUUCCUGACACAAACGUCGGAAAAGCUUUUCCAUACUGUACUGGAGAUGCAGCCCAGGGAUGGAGGUGUCAGUGAAGGGGGAGGAAUGACACGGGAGGAAAAGGUCCGUACAGUGCUGGAAGAGCUUAUUGAGAAACUCCCUGAGGAAUUUAACAUGGGCGAGCUGCUCGGGAAAGCCGAGGAGAGGACUCCCUACCAGGUUGUGGCGGUGCAAGAGUGUGAACGCAUGAAUCUCCUCACCCAAGAAAUCAGACGUUCCCUCAAUGAGCUCAGUCUGGGACUCAAGGGGGAACUAACCAUGACCAGUGAGAUGGAGAACCUGCAGAAUGCUAUUUUUCUGGACAUGGUACCAGAGACUUGGAGCAAGCGUGCUUACCCCUCCAUGUAUGGCCUGACUCUGUGGUUCACUGACCUCCUGGCCCGGAUCAAGGAACUGGACGUCUGGACAAGUGACUUUGUCCUACCUUGCUCAGUGUGGCUGACUGGCUUUUUCAACCCGCAGUCCUUCCUCACCGCCAUCAUGCAAGCCAUGGCUCGCAAGAACGAAUGGCCUUUGGACAGCAUGAGUCUGCAAUGUGACGUUACCAAGAAGAACCGUGAGGACGUAACGGCGCCACCUCGGGAAGGUGCUUAUGUCCAUGGAUUAUACAUGGAAGGUGCCCGCUGGGACACACAGACCGGCUUGAUCGUGGAUGCCCGCCUGAAAGAGCUCACUCCCGUUAUGCCGGUCAUCUUCGUCAGGGCCGUCCCCGUGGACAAACAGGAGAACAAGAACAUGUACCGGUGUCCGGUUUACAAGACCCGUCAAAGAGGGCCUACGUACGUGUGGACGUUUAACCUGAAGACCAAAGAAAAAGCCUCCAAGUGGACCUUGGCUGGAGUUGCUUUGCUUUUACAGAUCUAGCUUCAGUAGUGGUACGGUGCUACAACAGGGUCACGUUUCGAUUGACCAUGCCAAUUAUAUUUGCUUUUGUUUUCGAUUCUAUUCAGGGGUCUCAAAAAGCUUUUCAUAAAACAACCGUAUUGCAAAUGAUUAAUAGAGAAGACUCACAUGCUUCAUUAAUCAAGUGCAUUCCAAAUCAUUAAUACUGAAUAGAUCAGACUGGCGGUAUGAGAAAUUGUGAAAAAAAAUCAGUUUUUUCUUCAGCACAUAAAUUUGCACAUGAAUCAAAAGUCAAUUCACUUCCUCUCGCUACAUAGAUACAUCAAUGUUACUUGUCUUUAGAUUCCAUCACUCUAGGUGAAAUUGAAAUUCCUGGAAAUCGGCACGUCAUUUGUCUCUAUCCAGUUCCUCCUCAUUAUUUUUGUCGUUCCAAAGAUUUGUAUACACCAAACAAGAAAAUGCCUUUUUGUUGCUUGUGUAUCUACUCUUAGCCACAUUGCAUGAUGAUACAAAACAAAACUGUAAAUGUAGACUAUAAUCCUAAAUAAAUAAAUACA